AUGGCUUUAUUUUUUAAGACUAUAACAUUGGUAGCUUUCGCUUCUUCCGCUCUAUCAAGUCACGCUCCAGCUGGAUACUCAUAUAACCGCUUCAGCGGUCCAGUUAGUGGGAAGAUUGUUGAAGUUCAGGUCCCAGCAGCUCAUGGAGUCCCGGCCCAGCAGCACGCUGACUAUGGAUACGAUCAUCAGGCGGGCAAAAUCCACCCAGAGACAGCUAAAUACGAUAGACUGAAGACUGUUGAUUAUGUCGCCAAGCCAGACUACCACUACGCCUAUGGAGUAGAAGAUCCUCACACUGGAAACCAACAAAACCAUAAAGAAUACAGAGACGGUGACGUCGUUCACGGGGAGUACUCCCUCGUUGAGCCCGAUGGUUCUCUGCGUUUGGUUAAAUACACAGCUGACCCUAAAAAUGGAUUUAAGGCGACAGUACAUAAACAACCUGCGGGGCACCAGGCACCAAGACAGGCGCAUGCGCAGCACAGACAUGAAGAAAAUGAAAACGAUUACUAG